AGUCGGCGGAUGUGACUCUGGAUAAUUAGACCUAAAAACGGAAUUACUCUUCAACCGAUUUCACCGUGUGUGGGCGGCUCAGAAAAGUGUCUGUGACAAGGACUUUCAUGUGGAUAUAUUUAAAAAACAUUUACUUAAAAUAAAGUGAAACAAUAUGUUUGUGGAAAAAGUGCUGGAACGCGCCACUAGGUUGGAGCUCUGCUCGAUCCUGAUCCUCCUGGUGGUCAGCCUGAGUAUCUAUACCUUCUACGCCACCCUCAACACGUAUCUGAGAUCGGUGCUUCUAUCCCUGAAGCUCACGGGUCCUCCAUCGCUGCCAUUUUUGGGCAACUGCCUGCUCGUUACGGAUAAAGACUUAAUGAGAAAAUGCGCAGGCAAAGCCUUUCAUCUUUAUGGCUCUCUAGUGCGGAUUUGGGUGCUCCUCUUCCCGUUUUUUGCCGUUCUCGAGCCGGAGGACUUGCAGAUGGUGCUCUCAUCCAAGAAGCACACCAACAAGGUCUUUUUCUACCGGCUGUUGCACAACUUUCUUGGCGAUGGCUUGAUAACCAGUAGUGGCUCCAAGUGGAGCAAUCAUCGUCGGCUCAUCCAGCCAGCCUUCCAUCACAAUCUGCUGGAGAAGUUUAUUGACACCUUCGUGGAUGCCUCACAGUCGCUUUACGAGAACUUGGAUGCUUCUGCUGAAGGCACAGAGAUCAACAUUGCCACUUAUGUGAACAGUUGCGUGCUGGACAUACUUAAUGAGGCCGUUUUGGGUGUGCCCAUCAGGAGGAGGGGUGACGACAUGGUCAACAUGGAGGAGUCACCUUUCCGCCAGGGCAAGCUCAUGAUGCCAACUCGGUUUACCCAGCCCUGGCUGCUGCUCGACGGGAUCUACCACUGGACCAAGAUGGCCAACGAUGAGCUGAACCAGAAGAAGCGCCUCAACGACUUCACCCGCAAAAUGAUCCAGCGACGUCGCCAGAUCCAGAACAACAACAACGGCAAUGGCGAGCGAAAGUGCCUUUUGGACCACAUGAUCGAGAUCUGCGAGAGUAAUCCGGACUUCACGGAGGAGGACAUUGUGAACGAGGCCUGCACCUUCAUGCUGGCUGGCCAGGAUUCGGUGGGGGCCGCCAUGGCCUUCACCCUCUUCCUGCUGACCCAGAACCCAGAAUGCCAGGAGCGAUGUACCCAGGAGCUGGAGAUCAUCUUCAAGGGGAGUGAUCGCGCCCCCUCGAUGGGUGACCUCCACGAGAUGCGGUACAUGGAAAUGUGCAUCAAGGAGGCACUGCGUCUGUAUCCCAGUGUCCCACUGAUUGCCCGCAAACUGGGUGAGGAGGUUCGUCUGGCCAAUCACACUUUGCCCGCGGGCAGCAAUGUCUUUAUAUGCCCCUAUGCCACCCAUCGUCUGGCCCACAUCUAUCCCGAUCCGGAGAAGUUCCAACCGGAGAGGUUCUCGCCGGAGAACUCGGAGAAGCGCCAUCCCUACGCCUUUAUCCCGUUUAGCGCCGGACCGAGGUACUGCAUUGGCAAUAGGUUCGCCAUCAUGGAAAUCAAGACGGUUGUUUCGAGGCUGCUCCGGAGUUUCCAGUUGCUCCCGGUUCCGGGCAAGACCACCGUUGCACCCACCUUCCGAAUCACUUUGAGAGCCUCCGGUGGACUGUGGGUGCACCUCCAGCCACGCGAUCAUCCGCUCAAGGAUCACUGAUCCCAGAGAUCCCCCGUUUUCGUUACACAUUAACUUUAAUUAGUAUGGUAAAUAUGUAUAUAAAUCGAUACAAUAAUUUAAA